AUGUCGACUGCUACUAUGACUGCUACACAGACCCUGCCUUCUGUGAUGACGACGACCGAAGCGCCGCUCGUCGCAGGGGAUGUUCUGCGCGCUAUCGACACGCCCGUCGUUUCCCCUCCCAGCGGAACCCCGCCCCCAAUCGGCGGCCCGCGUAACAGCUCCCCGACGAACUCUAUUGGAAAGUCGAAGGGGCACCGGAGGACGUCUAGCGCUGCCUCGGAUAUUGCCAAGGCGGCGGGUAUUGACCUCGAAGCCGUCAGCAUGGCUGAGGCGCGGAAGAUCAUGUCAGAGGAGCACAAGAUCCUCGGAUUCCGCCCGCCCCAAGGCUCCUUCGCCGCGGAGGUGCAGUCCCUCGCCGCGAAGCACCCCGAAGGCAAGCCCGGCGCCGUGCUCCCGGACACUACCAAACUCAAGGAGAUCGCGCGAGAAGAUGCGCUCCGCAUUCUUGCCGAGCGCAAAACGAGCACGGGCGCAGAUAAGGACGCGCCCCCUGCUGCUGCGAAGACGAACGGGAGCGACAAGGUCACACCGACACGGGUCUCGCCCCCCGUCGACGUCCCGGGUGUCAACCUGAACAAGAUCAGCGCAACGGAUGCACGCGUGCUCAUGUCGCACGAACACCGCGCGCUCGGGUUCCGCCCGCCCCCCGGCUCGCUCGCCGCCGAGGCGCAGAGCGCCGCCGCCCGCCACCCGGACGGCGACGGCACGCACCUCGACGACGAGACGCUGCGCGAGAUCGCGCUGCGCGACGCGGAGCGCAUCAAGGCCGACCGCGGGGACGUCGUUCCUGUGGACGGGGCCAACCUCAGCGCCGUUGGGAAAGAGGCGGCAGCGACGAUCGCGAGCGUCGAGGCGCGCGCCCUGGGACACCCACCGCCGUCGGGUAGCAUCGCGGCGGAGGCACAGAGCGCGGCGGACAAGCACCCUGCGGGCGGCUCCUUCGACCCUGCGAAGAACCCCGUGGAGAUGGAGCAGGUCGUAGACGCGGCGCGGGAAGAGGGCGAGCAGCUGCGCGCGCUGGAGGAGAGCACUGCGACGACGGAACCGAGCGAGAAGACUGCGAUGGAGGAGCACAGGUCAAGUCCAGCGAAGGCGGACGCGGCGGUGGAGACGGAGCGGAUGACGGCCGCGCCGCCGAGCGUGGUGCGCGGGCUGGUGACCCCGCCGCUGUCGCGCAGCGAGACGGGGGACUCGGUCGAGAUCGUGUGCGACGUGCUCGCGUGA